UUUUUUCUUUCGUGAAAAUAAAAAAAAAAAAAACUACAUUUUUAAGAAAAUAUAUUAUUUCUUUUAUUUUAUCUUUCCCCUUUCACUUCUUUAAAACAUGGCAUCUCGUAUAAGACUUCAACAAAAAACAAUUUUUCCUCCUUACAAUCAAAAUAAUAAAGUUAGAGCACCAGAUCAAUUAUUAGUAGAGCAAGUGAUUAAUUCAAUAGAACCAAAUAUUAUUGAAACAAUCUCAAAUCAAGUCUUUUUACCUAUAAAAGAAUUAAUCGCUCCUUUACCAAAAAAAUCUCGUACAAGUAAAGUUCCUAGACCACAAAAUCCUUUUGUAAUAUAUAGAAGGGACACUCAAGCUAAAUUAAUGGUUGAAAAAGGUUCUAAAUUUGGUUCAAAAUUGGAUUUUGUUUCAAGAGUAGCUUCAAAAAAUUGGAAAAAUGCUCCUAGUGAAAUUAGAAAUAUUUAUAGUUUUUUGGCUCAAUUGGCUAAAAAGGUUCAUGAAGAAACUUAUCCUGAUUAUGUUUAUCAACCAAAAAAAAGAUCAGAGAGAUUUAAUUCUAUCUCUACUGCUUUUCCAAUUUCUUCUGAUAUUUCUGAUAAUGAUUCUCAUAAUUCAAAUUUAUCUGAUAUUUCUUUCCCUUCUUUACCUGUUCUCACUCCACCUGCUGAUAAUUAUAAUAAUAAUCCCUGGCCUUACCCCUACACCAGCAUUGUUUCAUCUUCUUCAUCUUUUGUUCCUUUUAACGAUACUUCUGAAAAUUUUACUUUAUAUGAAAUGUCAGGUUUACGGGUUCCCCUACCUCAACUUGAACAUUGUAGGCCCAUUUACAUGACUGAUCCUUAUGAUCGUAAAAUGAUUGAUCGGCUACCUUUGACUCUUUAAUAUUAUAACGUCAAAGUUACCAUCUCUCACAAUUCAUUUAAAUAAAUAAAUAUUAUCAAACCGUG